GGGCAAGGGGGGGCAAAAAAACACAAGCUUCCUCAGGAGCCUGUUUACUAAUAGGUAAUAGAUGAACACUAACAUACAAGGUUGUCUUUCCAGCAGCAGGAGAUCUUGCAUUCCUAUGCGGGGCUGAUUUUAUCUUAUCUGCGUUAUGUCAUCCGCUUUCUCUGCCCUCGACUUGGACAUUGAUGUUGCUUCCUGUUCCAUCUCCCCGUGUAUUAUUAUUUAUGUAUUGUUGUUCCAAGGUUUGUCUGUGCUGAACAGAGUGAGAUGAAAACGCCAAGACCGGACUAACCCAAGGAGGACUAGUGAAUGGAGCCUCGGGGCCAGAGCCUCCGCCGCAUCGGGACUAGCGCAGGCAUUGCCCUUUUAGGCGACUCGUUCUUGUCUCUUUCCAAGAACCAAAGACCAAACCAGACCAGACAAACGAACCAAACGAACCAAACCAAACCAAACUCCUCUCUCUCUUCUUCUAUUUCUUCUCUUCCUCCUCUAUUUCCUAUUUCUUCCCAUUCCCACCCAUUGAUCCAUGGCUCACUCUUCGUCCUCCACUCUCUCCCCUUUCCCCUUUCCCUCUUUUUCUUCUUUUUCUUCUUUUUCUUCCUAAUUCUUCCUAAUUCUUACUUAUUACUAACUACCUAAUUCCCUUUAUUAUCCAACAACUCCCUCUUAUCGCUCUUCCUGUCUUCCCGUCUUCCUCCGUCGUCUCUUCCUCGUCUUCUCCUCAACUCCCGCCCUUCGAUCGCCAAAAUCCCACUUCUUCCUCCUCCACCAGCAUAUCCAUCAUUGAAUCAUCUCGCCAUCUCGCCAUCUCACCAUCCUGCCAUCCCAUCCUCGAUUCCUCGAUUCAUCGAUUCCUACUAAAUGCGCGCGAUCUUCUCCCUCCCUCCUCCCCUGCUCCUCCAGUCGCCUCCGUUCCUAACUUACCCGUCAAAAACGUGGCCUCCUCUUGACAUCCUGCGACCGCUAUCCCACGCCUAGCAAGUCUUCUCGAGAUCCUUGUCUACCGCGAAUCCACCCUCUUCACUCGCAUAUUUUCAUCACAAAUAUCAUCGAAAAUCCAUCGCAAAGUCGUCGUGUUUCAUCGCUUGUGGCCACCCAAAAAGUCAUUAUUCAACAAGAACGAUUUUCCCCCUCCUCUUAACUUCUCCUACGUGUGGUUGGAUUUGCCUUCUCCAUCUCGUCUGAUCUCCUCGAAAUAGACCUCCUUUCGCUUCAGCCAUUCUGUCGCGUGGUGUAACGGUCCUGGUUGAUGACUUGGUUCGUCAAUCGGAACCAACACACCAACUGGAAAAAUUUGCGCGUGUGGCUCUGGAAGCAAAGGACACCAUUUUCGUUCCACCACCAGAACCAACUCCUCCUCCUCCUCCUCCCCAUCAGAAUUCCAUCACCCAGCCACCUCGUCCGAUCGAGGGUUCACCUCUAGAGCGCCAACAACGUGUUCUGGAGGAGGUAAGCUGUCAGAUUAUGACAGAUACCUCCUCUCUCGCAGCCACGCAUCUGCCAGCGAACUCCCACUCGGUCACCGUUCAGCCGCUUCCCUCUCCUAUUGUUCCUUCUCCGGUUCCAAAUGGUAACAGUAACGCCGUUGCGCAGCAGUCUGUCCAUGAUGACGAAGACGAGCCUUAUACCAUCAAAUGCAUCUGUUCCUUCGAGGACGAUGAUGGCCACACCGUAUUCUGCGAACGUUGUGAAACCUGGCAACACAUCUUAUGCUACUACGACGGCGAAGAUGUCCCUGAAGUCCACAACUGUGCAGAUUGCGAACCGAGACCCCUAAAUUCAAAGCUCGCCACAGAGCUACAGAGAAGGCGCAGAGAGGAGCAGAGCGAUGGCGGUGACCGGAAAAGCAAGCGAUCCGGCUCCAAAUCCCAUAGGAAGAAGGUAGCCGCGAAGGAUAAUAACAGUAACAAUUCAACAGGGACCCUUCCGUCCGGUGGUAGCGGCGAUCAGACGAACGGCUGGUCCUCCCACGAGAGGGGCUUUCCCCCCGCAAAGAAAUCAAAGACCAGUCAUCGCUCGUCGAACUCGAUAAACUCGCUCACGGGCCUUGCUCCUUCAGUUGGUUCCGACAGUCGAAAGCGAGCAACAUCUGCGUCGGCUAUGAGCCCUACCAAGGCCUCCCUCAUCCCUAAUAUCCCCCUCUACUCCCAGGAGUUCCUCCAUCUGUACGAUCAUGACCAGGCGAACGUGGAUAUUCCCAGCAAUCUAUUCGAUAACCUGCAACUAGCAACCGACUUUUCUUCCUGGUUACAAGAUCCUGCCCGUCUUGCCCGCGAUGCCAAUGGUCGCUCUCCUAAAGAAGUCUUUACAUAUUUAAAUCGUCCACUCGACCCUGCGCAGUGGCCAGUCCUCUCCAAACAAGUUGUUACAGACACCAGUGUUGAAUACGAUGGACGGCAUCCUACAUGGCGGUUUCUGACUGUGGAAAAUGAUGUUCACAAGGAUGAGAUCAUUGGAGAGGUGAAGGGCAAAGUAGGUCAUUUCCGCGAUUAUUGCGUCGAUCCGAAUAAUCGAUGGCAUGAGUUCCAUCAUCCCUUGCCCUUCGUAUUCUUCCACCCUCAGCUUCCGAUAUAUAUCGACAGUCGCAAAGAAGGCUCCCAGCUACGCUAUGUUCGCCGAUCAUGUCACCCAAACGUCACCAUGAAGACCGUCAUCACGAAUAACAUUGAAUAUCAUUUCUGCCUUGUGGCGAACCAGGAUAUUACUGCCAAGUCAGAAAUAACAACCUCCUGGUACCUUGACCCGCAAAUGUUUCCUUCCAACAACGGCUUUGUUAAGCAGGAAGGAUCCAAUGAUGGCAUCUCUGAUGACUGGCCGAUCUCAAUAAGCAAAGUUCUAGCCAAUUUCGGUGGCUGUGCGUGUGAUUCUUCACGAUCCUGUCGCCUGGCGAAAGUCGACUGUCGACGACCUCCGAAGAGUGCUGACACAGCCUCGAAACAGGUAAAUGGGAGGCGGAAAAAGAGCAAGGCUAAAAAUGCGAUCUCGCCCGUCAACACGGGCCUAGCUAAUAAUAGUCGAGCUGCAAGCGAAGCCGUCAAGGCCCAAGUGGAUGACGAUCAAGGGGGGAGCCGAUCAAGGUCAACAUCCAAUCGCCCUCGAAGUCGAGAUCUAACACCCACAGCACAUAGUCCCUCAGUCUCGGACCCAUUGGCCUCGAUGUCUGGGGAGCUUUCUGCGCGCGAGAAACGGAAGAUUGCCGCAGCUGAGAAGAAGUUCGAGCAGCUUGAACAUGAGCAGCAACAGCCUCAGAAGAAGAAAAAGCGGUCUAGUGGUACCUCUGUUACGGGUACCAGUAAUACUGCUACUACUGCCAUCGGCGCCUCACAGACCAACGCUAAACCUCUACGCAUCGACACCACAAGUGCUCGUCGAUCUUCCAAUUCUCCUCGGAAACGCUCGCCUGCGUCCGUUACACCAGGCCCAAAGCCGCAAUCUUCGCAAAAGAAGGCGUCGAGAUCAACACCCAUUGUCGCCUCCCCUCUUCGCCGCCCAGAUUACGUCGACUCUGAAAUGCAAACCGAGCCGGACGAGAAUGAUCCGGACUUCGUCCCGCCAAAGCCUCCACGGCGAUCUGGCUUCGUUCCGUUGACAACACGACUUCUAAAACGGUGUCAUGAGGAUAGGGUUCGGCUUCAGCAAAUUGGAAAUCGUAUCAAUGCGUCGCCAGUUUACAGUAGUGACAUUGCCACGCCUUCGAUACCAGAUUCCCAGCACGCCAUCCUCAGCUCGCCGCUAAGUCGUCGCGAAGAUGUCGACAUGAAGGACACAGAUACACCGAUGACGCCACCUAAGAUUUCCCAACAUACUACCACGACCACUAUCCCACCGUCACCUGGCACAUCAGCCGCAUUGUCUUCCUUAAAUAUAUCCUCAGACACUUCCCCUCAAAAACCGCCUCACCCAUUACCAUCAACCGUCGCGCAUAAUUUCCCAAUGCCGCGCAAACCUCCUGACAGAGCAUGCAGAGCUGACCUGCGAGUUCAAUUACCUCCUGCACCUCCUCCUUUCACCACCCCCUCAUCAACACCUAACUCGAUGAUGACAACUCCUACACAUCCCACCACCUCUACAAGCACAUACAAAGAUAAACCCAACUCCUCAACACCAAUACUCCCAACGCAAUCACCACACUCAUUCCCUAUCAAAUCUUCACCCACCAACGCAACUACUACCACUCCUACAGCCGCCCAACAUCCUAUGCCUACAAUAACGCCACCCUCGAGCGCCAUCGCCCCUAGCCCUGUGAAGAAAAAACUUAGCUUAGGUGAUUACAUGAGCCGGCGCGGUACCUUAACGGCAACUACGCCACCGAUUGAGAAACCGCAGCCGCCUCUGUUUUCCGCAGGUCAGAGUCAGAGCCCGUCGACGCCACUGCAACAGCAGGGAGCUAAUAGCCAGGGCCAAUGUCAGAACUCAAUGGAUAAAGAUACAUAUAAAGUUAUGGCUUCGGUGGAUGGACGGGGGAACUUGGCUGGUGGUUCUGACAGUAGUAGUAGUGAUACGACGGUAGCUCAGGAUGUAGUUAUGCAGGAUGCUGGUGCGAAUACUUCGUCUGCGCCUUCUGCUGGUGUCGCCAUGCUAGGGUUACCAUCGUGGCCUCUAGCUGCUUCCCCCUCUACAUCCGUCGCUACUGAGUCGCAAGGUGGGAGUAAUGGAUAUAAUAACAAUGGUGUUGGUCCUGGUUCUGGUGAAUCACGGGAUCCAAGGUUGCAGCAUCAUUCGAGAUAAAGUUCAUGUUCUUUUGUAAUUUUUUCACUUGUAUGGUUGUUUCUUUUUUUUAUUUCUUCUCAAUUCAAAUUACUAUUAUUUUACUUUAACAUUCUUUAUUUUUUAUUUUUUUUCGUUUUUAGCCGUCUCCCUUUUGCGUUUCCCUGAUGAAUGGGUUUUGUAGGGUGUUGGUUGUCUGGGCUUUCAUGGUUUUUGUUGAUAGGCACUUUCUUUCUAUUCUAGGUAUUUUUUUGUGAUUUUUUUUUUAAAAAAAAAAAAUUACUUUCACCUCUCACUUUCUUAAUCUUAGGACUGACUACUACAUUUCCUUCACUUUGUUAAAGUUGUAGUUAUAUAUGAUGUAGCAGCCAAAAAACUCAUUCAACCAAUCACGAUUAGGUGAUCUCCAGCUAAUCCUGC